GUUGUUUGUUUGGACGCUGGCCGGCCAUUGGCUGUUGUCCCGCGGGGCUUUUCGGGGCUUGUAGUUUUCCUCUCAGGGGGCAACGGUCUCUGGAUUCUCGGCGGACUAGCGUCGCGAACUUCCAUGGCAAGCCGGGAAGGCGCUGCCGCCAGUCCCGAAAAGGGCGCCGAAAAGGCCUCGAAGUCCUCGGUGAGGAUUUAGGGGGCGAAAUUGGGGGGCGUCGCUCCGAAUCCCCCUCCGCUCUGUCUGGGGCCUUCUCUCUACGCGGCGCUGCCCCCACAGAGGAAGGGGGCGCCUGGAGCGCUGUCCAUCAGGCGGAAAUCCAACCGAGUUCAGAUUCUGAUGAGGAAGGGGGAGCUUCUGGCCAGACAGAAAUGGAAUUUUUGCGAAACCUCUUUUCCCGGACUCUGGGCUUUGGCAGUGAGAAGCCUGAGAAGGUGCUGGAGGAACUGACGCUGGAAGGCGUGACCAACUUCAUGCUCACUGAGAAAUGCAAGAAUAUAAUCUGUAUGGUCGGUGCAGGAAUCUCAACUAGUGCGGGGAUCCCCGAUUUCCGCUCACCUGGCACGGGGCUAUAUGCCAAUCUGCAGCAAUACAAUCUACCAUACCCUGAAGCCAUCUUUGAGAUUGGCUACUUCAAGAAAAACCCAGACCCAUUCUUCACCUUGGCUCGGGAGCUCUACCCAGGGCAGUUCAAGCCCACAGUCUGUCACUACUUCAUUCGUCUUUUAAAGGAAAAAGGGCUGCUGCUACGCUGCUACACUCAGAACAUUGACACCUUGGAACGGGUGGCCGGUCUGGAUGCUGAACACUUAGUGGAAGCUCAUGGCACCUUUUAUACCUCCCAUUGCAUCAGCUCCACUUGCAGGAAGUCCUACAGCCUGGAGUGGAUGAAAGAAAAAAUAUUUGCAUCUCUCACCCCCAGGUGUGAAAAAUGUCAGAGCGUAGUGAAGCCAGACAUCGUGUUUUUUGGGGAGAAUCUGCCCCCUCGUUUCUUCUCUCUCAUGCAGUCGGAUUUCCAGAAUGCGGACAUGCUUAUUAUCAUGGGCACCUCCCUUCAAGUCCAACCUUUCGCCUCUCUGGUCAGCAGGGUACCCGCAAACACCCCACGUCUUCUGAUCAAUAAAGAGAAGACUGGAGAGAGUGAUCCUUUCAUGUCCCUGAUGGGCUUAGGCUGCGGGAUGGAUUUUGAUUCAGAGAAGGCAUACAGGGACGUUGCGUGGCUGGGAGACUGCGAUGAGGGCUGCCUGGCUUUAGCAGAGCUGCUGGGAUGGAAGAAAGAGCUGGAGGAACUGGUGGAAAAGGAACACGCUCUUAUUGAGGCCCAAUCUGGACAGGCUGUGGGUGUCGGGGCAGGUGCUGGUUGGCAACCAGACAAGAAGCAAGAGCAGAAUCUGUCUUCAGAGAAAGAAAAGCCAGCAGCAAAGAAAGAAGAAUGAAGAGAUUAGAGAAGAUUGAGGAGCCCUACUUUUCUGAUUAUUAAAAAACCCACCUCGAUGUGAACGGGGGAUGCUGGGGGCCUUCUGUCUUCAUUUCCUUAAGGCGAGCUGACGAGGUGUCCGUCUUUAGCGCUGGAAAUUCCCUACAUAAUUUUGGGCGAGUCCCUGUCACCCCAAACGGCUGUUGGGAGGAUAAGUGGAAGGAAGAUUCUUCUGUUUGCGCUGCUGGAGAAAAGGCAGGAUAUAAUUCUAACAAACAAACUAAGCAAAGGGACUUAGCCAUCUGGCGUCAAAGAUUUUGGGGGAGGUCAUAGAAUUCAGGGCAAAGAUGGAAUCCAAAAUAGGUCUCACCCCAUGAAGUCAUCUCGGGGGGACUUUGGGCCCAAUCAGAGCCACUAACAGCUGAAAUUAUGAUUGAAUUGGAGUUUUAAUUUAGCAGGAGGAGUAUUUCUUGGAGAUUUCUUUAGAAUAGGGAUGCCCAACUUGGCAACUUUAAGACUUGUGGACUUCAAGUCCCAGAAUUCCCCAGAAGCAAGCUGGCUAGAGAACUCUGGGAGUUGAAGUCCAUAGGUCUUAAAGUUGCCAAGAUUGGACACCUGCUUUAGAGCCUUGCUCUACUUAUUUCGAAGUGUUGGGAGGAUGAAUUUGAUUAAUUUUCAGUUAACUUUAGAAUUUUGUUCUAAUUGCCUUAGAGAAAAAAAAAAGACAAAAUGACACUUGAUCUAAACUUAUAUCCAGCCCUUAUUAUUCUUCCUUCCUUCCUUCCUUCCUUCCUUCCUUCCUUCCUUCCUUCCUUCCUUCCUUCCUUCCUUCCUUCCCUCCCUCCCUCCCCUUCUUUCUUUGUUUCCUUGAUCUAACCAAGGAAGGCACUUUCGGAGCAGCAUAGUUUGAAGUGUUUGAUUAAACUGUUGAUUUAUGCAGGGUAGCAGUUUUAAACUAGCUGUGAUGCUUUUGUUUCCAUCAUUUACAUAAAGCUGUCAUCAGUGACAAUUAAAUAUAAUCAGCUUGAUACCACAAGAUAAUAUGUUGUUUUUUCUGCAUUCCUGUGUUUAUUUUUAAGAAGACUGGGUGUCACCUGUCUUGUAGUGAUCCAAAUUAGCAAAACCUGGUGGCAAUUCAGGGGUUGGAGUGUUGGUGCCCUCUUGUGGACACAAAGUGAAACUUGUGUUUACAAAGUUUAAUAUGGAUGCAAUCCUUACUGGUUCUCUGGUUUCUGUACUGAGAGGCAACUAUUGACUUUCCCAUCAGUUGUCUGAGGGUCAUAGCAGUGGUGAAAUUCAAUUUUUUUUUACUACCAGUUCUGUGGGCAUGGCUUGGUGUGUGUGGCAGGGAAAGGAUACUGCAAAAUCCCCAUUGCCACCCUACUCUGGGACCAGCCAGAGGUGGUAUUUGCUGGUUUAUUUAUUUAGUUCCCCAAACUACUCAAAUUUUCUGCUUCUGGUUCUCCAGAACCUGUCAGAACUUGCUGGAUUUCACCCUUAGGUCAUAGAUUACAGCAAAAUAGCUUUGGGCAUUAGUUUAUAGCUCCCUGUCAUCUAUUACAAGUUUUUUUUUUAUUGCUACAAUUAAAGAAAGAUAUAUAUUCUUCAGAUAGAGGUACUGGAAAAGUAUUUUAUAAUAAAAGCAACUUGGUUUAGAAAAUGGUCUAGACUCUAGCUGCUAGCAUAAGUAAGGGCUUCACAUAUAAAGAGCUUAGCUUUAUGUCCUAGUGUUUACAGGUUAUGUACCUUUAAAAAAAAUAAAUACAUGGAUUAUAGAGGAAUUUGCAAAAUCAUUCACACAGUCCAUGGUUAAAAGGUAAAGGCUCCCCUCGCACAUAUGUGCUAGUUGUUCCCGACUCUAGGGGGCGGUGCUCAUCUCCCUUUCAAAGCCGAAGAGUCAGCGCUGUCCGAAGACGUCUCCGUGGUCAUGUGGCCGGCAUGAUUCAAUGUCAAAGGCGCACAGAACAUUGUUCCUUUCCCACCAAAGGUGGUCCCUAUUUUUCUACUUGCAUUGUUUACGUGUUUUCGAACUGCUAGAUUGGCAGAAGGUGGGACAAGUCACGAGAGCUCACCCCGUUACUUGGCACUAGGGAUUUGAACUGCCGACCUUUCAAUUGACAAACUCAGCAUCAGCGUCUUAGCCCCUGAGCCACCAUGUCCGAAUCCAUAGUUAGGCAAACCCUUUUCUUAGUUCAACUGAACUGCUCCUAAAAGGUAUAUAAGUUUCUAAGAUCUCUAGGAAUAGUCAGGUUAAACAUUUGAGGGGGGGAAAAACCAGGAAAUUGCUUUUUAAAGCACUUUUCACUUUGGAAGCCUAACCAAUCUCUUGAGCUUUUGUGCCAAUAGCUUUGUACUAUUAAUACCUUUGACCAAGUCAGUGUUUCUUUCAGUUCCCAGAAUUCCCCAGGCAGCAGGCCCACACGAAGUUGCUGAGACCGGCUUAAGACUGCUCUUAAGUUCAUCUAGCUGCCUGAGCCACCUAAUAACUCCCAAUCGGCCCUCUCUGUUUUACCUUGAGUGUCUGUCCGGACUAAUUUUCCCUCUUGCCUUCUGGCUUCACGCAGGAGGUUUUUUUCCAGAAUUCUCUCUCUCGGUGCAUCACAGACCUGUUGAUCCACGUGGGAAGGUUAUGAGUGAUUCUCUUGGAAGGCUUUGAAACAAAAAAAAUCUUAAAUUCAAGAAGGGGAAGGCUUUUGACAUGUACUAAGCAUGACGGCAACGUAUCCCCUCUAGCACUGGAGGCCAUUGCUGAGAAGCAUAAGUGGUGUGUUCAUUCGGGAGCUUCUCAGACGCAGCCGGUUGGCCACCAUGGAGCAAGUGGAACCUGGAUUAAACGUGGUUUAUUAUUAUUUUUUUCUGAUCCAGCAUAUCUACUCUUAAAUGCUUUUCUAAUGAAUGCUUCUCCGCCCAACUUCUAUUUUCUCUUUAGCUGCCUUUCUUUGAAGUGAACGGCGGAGGCCCCAGGACCACGUGAAGCCAGUCGGCGGAGGUGUCAAACCACAUCCCUGCCUUUGUCUCCCGAAACUGUCAGUUCUGCCUUUCUUUGCUCACCUUUUGCUGCUCCAGGAGUGGCCCCUGGGCCCAGAGGUUUCGUAGCUGGCGGUUUCACUUUCCUGCAUGCCCAUCGCAAGAGCUAAACAUUGACUCUGUCCGCCAUUUUGCAUGCUGAUAGGGGCACGUGGGCUCGGGUCUCCCUUGCAGCCGGAUCUGGUACGAGCUCUACUAGGGCAGGGAUUGAAAAGGAAGAGGCCAUUUGGAAGGGGAAACUUUCUUCUGAAGGAUCCUCCCUGGACGCUGCACGUUUUUAAUUUAGCUGUAG